UACCACUCCUUCAGUCCUUCCUUUGUCUUUAAUCAAAAUUCAAGCUUUUCAAUUUUCAAGGCACAAAAAGAGCGCGGGUCUAAUUCUCCUUUGCUUUUGCCAUCAUGGGGUGGUUCUCCACGGCGGCCGCCACCGUAACAACCACCCUCCUCUUCCUGUUGCUCUUCAUUUCCUCACUUGCCGACCCAGAUCACCAUAAUCCAUCUACACUCUCAGGUAUUGAUAUUGAAAAGCCGAUUCUGGAUAUCACCCCUGCCCCACUUUUGGGGCAUUCGGCUGCUCAUGGGGCUAAAGACACUUUUCGAUGCGAACGUGUUCAAGUUUCUGGUAUCUCAAGGUUUAAACUUGGUAGCUAUGCCAGUUCAUUCCAUGUUUCUGUGGCCCCCUCUGCUGCAAUCCCGGAGAGGUUACAUAGCAAAAUUCAGGUUUGUUUUCACAGGAAUAAUUCUCUUGGAUUGUGCCAGUGUCAAAAGGAUGAGUGGAAGAGGAUCCAAAAGGGGAUAUGGAAUUCUGUUAUGUCACCUUAUGACACCAAGUACAUUGAUGUGGGGAUUAAUGGUCAAGUUUCAGGUUCUGUUACAGUUGCUCUUGAAGAAGAUUUUCAGCAGUGGCGCCUCAUUUUUCUUGUGCUGGGGUUGGCACUGCUGUGGUUGGCUCCAAUUAUUAGUAGCUGGGUUCCAUUUUAUUAUAGCACUUCAAUGGCUAUAGGGAUCUUUCUUGUUGUUAUAAUCAUUCUUUUCCAGGGCAUGAAAUUAUUGCCAACUGGAAGAAAAAAUAUCUUCUACCUUACCAUAUAUGGAUCUGUGCUUGGAGCUGGAUCAUUCCUUUUGCACCAGUUCUCUCUAUUUGUAAAUUCAAUACUUCAGAGUUUUGGGUUGAGUGAAGAUAUGCACAAUCCAGUUGCUGUUUUUGUACUACUGGGUAUCAUCUUGGCUGGAGCUGCUUUGGGCUACUGGAUUGUUCGGAGAUUUGUUAUUUCAAAAGAAGAUGGCACUGUGGAUGCUGGGGUUGCACAAUUUGUGAAAAUUGCAAUGUACAUCAUGGGAGUCACCUCCAUUUUUCAGAGCACUAUUGAUUUUCCUCUAGCAAUAGGAGCAUUGGUCUCUUGCGGUGCUGUUUGCAAGCUUUCUUCCUUGAUAAUGUGGGUUUAUGACUGGUAUGAAACGUCAAGGAAUGAUAGCUAUUCAAAGCAGUGGGCGAGAGAAAGACAUGGUCGUGCUGAAUUCCUUAGCAAGACGCCCCCUAAAGGGAAAGCUUGGAGAAACCCUAAGAGAUCUCCAUUGUUCGACUCUCCCGUGAGAGGUGUGGUAUCAUUAUCACCGACGCCUAGUAUCACUCCACAUUCUUCUGGGUCGCGAGCUGGGCAGGAUUACUAUUCCACCUUUCACAAGACCCGCAACAGAAAGAAGUUCACAAAGAAUGAGUGGGAUGAGUUCACGCAAGAUUCCACUAGGCAAGCUAUAUCGGAGUUGGUAGCAUCGCCAGAAUUCACCGACUGGAUAAUUGACCAUGCAGACAGAAUCAAACUCCUUCCGACCGCAAGCUCAGAUGAAGAAAUGGGAAGCGAGUCAGAUUCCACAGAAGUAGGAAGUGAAACUAGAUGUAGAAUCUUCAAUUGGUGGUGACUAUGAGUAUGAAGAAGAAUGUACUAAUCAGCAUGCACCUUUUUUUUUUCUUUUUUGUUAGAGCUAGUGAGCAGUGACAGUAGUGUAAGUAGUUGGGUACUAUGUUUAUUGUAACGAGCAUGUAGAUAUAAUUUUGAUAGUUGCCUUAAUUUUCCAAAUUGUAACCCUGGGUAAUUUUACUGAAUCCAUUAGUUAUUGCAUGAUUACCAAUCAUUUGUUGCU